UAUAUAGAGACGAGGUGUCCUAUCUCGGCAGUGUAACUGAUUUGAAGCCAAACCGUCAGUCAUGGACCCAGAUCUAAAGUAGUUUUAGUACUAAGACUAUCACUGUAGAUUGAUAAAAUAUAUAUAUAUUCACUGUAUACUGCUCUGCGCCAUUUUGCGCUUCAACGAAGUAAUCAAACGUCGUCUUUAUAUUACUCUAUGGAAGUUCUAUGCAAUUGCAGCUGUUAAGUCGAUAAGACUGGUAUCUAACGAAACAUAUUUGAUAAUGUCUUAUCUUGUUUUUGCCAAGCAAUCGGAACAAGGUUUUGUUGGUUAUGAACGAUUGUAUGGAUUUAUUUUAGAAUAAUUUUUUCUUUAUUUUUGUUAACUACGAGAUCAUCAAAUAAGUAAUAACAGGUCUUAACAGUAAUUAUUAUUAAUAACUAAUAAGUAUAAUGUGAAUAAUCAGUGAUCUUCUCCCUAACCGCUAUUUAUUGUUAUUAAUUUACAAGUUCAUUUAUGUAUUUGAUUAAACUUAAUUGGUAGUAUGAAGAGAAGGAAUGGCGAUUGUGGAAAAAAUCGAAAGGCAUUAAAAAGAAACAAAUCCGCUGCCGAAGGAAUAUACUGGAGUUCUGUUCAUUAUCUUAAACUUUUCGGCAUUUGGUUUGCUCUUAUACUACUUGAUUAUUUACUGCACUUUCGAUUUGAGUACGUUUGGCCAUUUUGGCUUUUAUUUCAUAAAAUUUUAGAAGGAUUUAAGCAUCAAGGUUUUGUGUAUACUGUAUUCUUUGUUUGCAUUGCAUUGACUUCUGAUAUGGUUUGCUUUUUCUUUAUACCUGUACAUUGGUUAUUAUUUGCUGCAAGUACAUAUUUUUGGGUACAAUAUAUUUAUCAAGCAGAAAAAUGUGUUUCGUGGCCAGCUGUUGCCUUACUAGUUUUAUACAUUUAUGUAGAAACUAGCGUUCGGUUUAACAAUUCUGACCACAUACCUUACAAAUUGGUAUUUUGUAAACCGUUAGCAGCUAAUUGCAUUGGAUAUCCAGUUAUAACGCUCUGUUUUGGUUUCAAGAGUUAUUUAAGUAAAAAAUUGCAACAGAAACAGCAGCAAAGGGUAUCAAAAGAAAAUGAGUUCUAUCAGAACUUACUAUUAGACGCUUUGCCAUCUGAUCAAAUCACAGGUUCCGUCAUAUCUAGUCAAGACAACAACGAUGGAGAAAUGUGGUUGGAAUCAAUUAGUGAAGUGCCAGCCAAUGACAACGAUGUACAUAAUAAUAAAGUGAUAUCUAAUGGUAGUGUUCCACAUAAAAAACCUGAAAAACAAGAUACAUGUCCUGAUGUAUCCAAUAAAAAAUUAGUAUCUAAUGAUAAAUUUGUUUGUAAUAAUCAAGAAAAUAAUGUAAGUAAAGAAUUGGAAAAAAAUAAAAGGGUGACUAGAAUAUCAUCAUCAAAAAACAAUAAUCAUUUAAAGUGUACCAAUCAAAACUCAAGUACAAAAGAAAACUUAAAAACUAAAGGCACUUCACCACCAAGACUGGAAAAACCUUCUAUAAUAGUUGAUCCUAAGGAUAUUUAUUCUGAAACAUUGCAAAACGAAAUAAAGAGGCUUAAAUGUGAGCUUCAUACGAAUAGUCAAACAGAAAAAGACUUAAGAAAUCAACUAAAUGCAGCUCUAAGUGAAAAUUCUAGUAUUUCAAAUGAUUCAAUAAGGCUGAAACAAGAACGUGAUGAAACCAAAUCUAAACUUUUGAAUUUAUUAUUGACUCAUCAAAAUGACAAGCAAAUAAUAUCUCAGCUUGAAAAACGUUUAUCUGAUGAAAAACGACAACGUUUAUCAUGUGAGUCACAACUGAUUUCUGAAAGGCGACAACUCAAAAAAAUAGAAGAGCUGGCUGCUUCAAGAUUAGUAGCUUUAACUUCUAAGCCAGAGUGUACAGAGAGUUGCAAAAUCAAACGUAAAGAGCUUGAAAAUGAAACUAAAGUUUUACGUAAAGAACUAAGGUUAAAGGACGAGCAAUUUAUGGCAGUUCAAAAAGAAGUUAAUGAGCUUCAACCAUAUAAACAAAGUCAAGAUAAAAUUGAUUUUGUUAUGUCUGCGUUAUCGACAUUAAAAGACAAAAAUGCUCACCUUGAACAUAGUUUGAGUGCAGAAACUCGUAUUAAGCUUGAUCUUUUUUCAGCAUUGGGCGAAGCUAAAAGACAGCUGGAGCUAAAAAUAAAUAUAAUAUCAUCUCAAGAAAAAGAAAUUGAAGAGCUUAAAUCCAAAAUAUCUCAGACAUUGGCUAUGAUGCAACCAAAUGGUACUUACAUGGUGAACUCUGUCGGAAGUUCUCCUACAAUGAGGUUUGGUGGUAGUAGUUCGCCCCAAUCCAGUCUUGAUCCAAAUGCCACCAUUUAUACACCUAAGAAAAAUCCACAUUUAGUAACCGAAGCUUAAGCAUACUUUUAAAUGUUAACAAACAAAAUCGCAGCGUUCUUCAAAAAUUGACGACGAAAUGCAGUUUCUUCUUUUUUUUUUAAUGAAUAGUAAAUACUAUUAUACAUUAAUUUAGAUACCUCAAUAUAAUAUAAGAUAAAAAAAUGUAUUAUGUAGUUAUAAUAGGAUUACUUUGUUAAAAUUUGUAUUUUUUUUUUAAUUCACGAAUAUCGUACAAACAAGUAGACGAGCUUGAUUAUAUGUGAAUUUCCCUUUUCUGUAACAGUAUCAAUAUUAUAUUGGUUUUGACUUUUUACAUUAGUCUUAACUUCAGAUAUUGUUAUUAAUUAUCUCUAUUUAUUUUCUUCCUUUGUAUUUGACCAAUGAGGUGAUUACCUCAACUUGUUUAAAUU